GAUUGAUUUUAACCAAGUAGAACAAUCAACAAGAUCACCAUAAAGGCUUUACCAACACCAAGUGACUACUGAAAGCCAUUCCCAAAUUUGUGACCAAUGGACUCAAGUUUAGGGAGAGGAACUCCUUUGUUCAACUAUGGUUUGAAUCCCAGUUUCUAAUUUCUUCCUUCUCAGAUGCUCUGUCUCCACCAAAGGGACAAUACUCGGUGAGAUGCAGCCAUUUUGUUGGUCAGCAAGAACUCAGAAGCAAGAAAAUGUCAUAGUGGUAGUAUACAGCAUCAUCCUCCUCAGCAGCAAACCCAUCGCUGGAAGCUCCCGGAUCACUGUGCCAAUCAAGUGGAAGAGAGACUUUCAUUUAGAGAACCUUAUGUGAACUUUGUAUGAAAAACUUGCCAACCUGCUGCUUUGAUUUUUUAGCUCUACUAUUUCUAAUACAUAGGAGGUAUCUCUUAGAAAGCCUGAAAUAGCCAAGACAUGACUCUCAACAUGGAGGAAUCUGUAGACAUGUUUGGAGAUAUUAACCUAACUCUUGGCAUGCUAAACAAGGAAGAUGAUAUUAACAAGGAAGACAUUUACGGUCAUCUUACUUCUGUUAUUCAGAAUGCUGACAUCUUGGAUGACGCAAUUGUCCAACGGUUGAUUUAUUAUGCUUCUAAGGACAUGAGAGACGACAAUAUUCCCAGAGAAAUCAGAAUGCUAGCUGGUGAACUUUUGGUGUCUCUCGCUGCGCAUGAUUUCAACUCUGUGAUGUACGAAGUGCAAAGUAACUUCAGAAUACUAGAGCUACCCGAUGAAUUCAUUGUGCUUGCACUGGCUGAACUGGCAACCAGCUAUGUGUCCCAGAGCAUCCCCUUCAUGAUGAUGACCCUGCUCACCAUGCAAACCAUGCUCAGGCUGGCUGAGGAUGAAAGAAUGAAGGACACUUUCUGUAUUGCCCUUGAGAAGUUCAGCAAGGCCAUUUACAAGUACGUUAACCACUGGAGAGAUUUUCCCUACCCCAGACUGGAUGCCAACCGACUCUCUGACAAAGUCUUCAUGCUGUUCCAGUACAUAAUGGAAAAAUGGGUCCCAGGGGCCCCACGCACACGUACUUUGGCCAUUGUUAAGGCCCAUGGCCCCACAGUGAGCUUGCUACUACUUCGGGAAGACUUCUGUGAAUAUGCCUUGGGUCAGGUACCCUGGCUCCUGAACCAGUAUAAAGACAAAGAGAUUGAUUUCCACAUCACUCAGAGCCUAAAACAAAUCCUGACUGCAGCAGUCCUUUAUGACAUUGGCCUUCCACGGGGUUUGAGAAAAUCCAUCUUUAUCAAUUUACUCCACCAGAUCUGCAGCGUUCCAGAGCCUCCAGUGAAGGAGAAUGAAAUCGAAGCUUCAAACUGUUUCCUCAUUCUAGCCCAUUCGAACCCUGCUGACCUGAUGGAAUUUUUUGAUGAUCAAGUGAGAAGUAAUAAUGAAGCCAUCCGAGUGGGAAUCUUGACUUUGUUAAGAUCGGUUAUCAGUGCUGAGGAACCCAAGUUGAGAGAUUACAUAACUUCCAUUGAAAGGACAGUCAAAGUCGUCAUGGGUGACCUCAGCAUAAAAGUAAGGAAUUCCACCCUUCUCCUCAUCCAAACCAUGUGUGAAAAGAGCUACAUUGAAGCUCGAGAAGGAUGGCCAUUAAUUGAUUAUGUUUUCUCCCAGUUUGCAAUAUCCAACAAUAACCUGGAGAAACCAGUGAAAACUAACUUUAGUGAGAAUGAAAAAGGAGAGAAAUCUGUCCAAGAAACAAGCCUUGAGGUCUUAAAAACCCUGGACCCACUGGUUAUUGGUAUGCCUCAGGUGCUUUGGCCAAGAAUCCUGACAUUUGUAGUACCUGCAGAAUAUACGGGAACUCUGGAACACCUGUUUAAUAUUAUCAGGAUUCUGAUUAUGGCAGAAGAAAGGAAGAAGCAUAAUGCCAAGGACUCAACAGCACUUGUCAUCUCAACAGGAGCAGUGAAACUUCCUUCACCACAGCAGCUACUGGCUAGACUUCUGGUAAUAUCUAUACUUGCCAGUUUAGGGAAAUUAUGUGGGGCUGGUGCAAUAGGACUACUGAAGAUACUGCCUGAGAUAAUUCACCCUAAAUUGGUAGACCUAUGGAAAACACGCUUACCUGAUCUCCUGCAGCCUUUAGAAGGAAAGAACAGUAGUAUCGUGCUAUGGGAAACCAUGCUGCUUCAGUUGCUCAAAGAAUCCUUAUGGAAGAUCAGUGACACGGCCUGGACCAUUCAACUGAGUCGGGAUUUCAGUCAUCAAAUGGGCAGUUACAGCAAUACCUCUACUGAGAAGAAAUUCCUUUGGAAAGCCCUGGGAACCACCUUAGCAUCCUGCCAAGAUAAAGACUUUGUAAGCUUACGGAUUAAGGAAUUUCUAAUUGCCCCCAACCAAUUGGGAGAUCAAAGGCAGGGAAUAACAUCUAUUUUAGGAUACUGUGCUGAGAACCACUUGGAUAUUGUUUUAAAAGUUCUUAAAACAUUCCAAGAUCAGGAAAAGUUUUUCAUGAAUCGGUGUAAGGGUAUUUUUUCUGGGAAAAAGAGCCUGACCAAGACGGAUGUCAUGGUAAUCUACGGAGCGGUGGCCCUCCAUGCUCCCAAAAUGCAACUUCUUACCAGACUUAAUCAAGACAUCGUAUCCCAAGUCCUCUUCCUUUAUGGCCAGUGCACUCAGGUUCUGGGCAUGUCAGUGGUGAACAAGGAUAUGGAUCUGCAAAUGAGUUUUACAAGAAGCAUCACUGAGAUUGGCAUUGCUGUCCAAGAUGCUGAGGAUCACCAGUUUCAGUUUGUCUAUAAGGAGAUGCUGAUCGGUUACAUGCUGGAUUUUAUUAGGAAUGAGCCUUUGGAUUCCUUAGCUAGCCCUAUUCGGUGGAAAGCCUUAAUUGCCAUCAGAUACCUCAGUAAAAUGAAACCUCAGCUCCCACUGAAUGAUCACCUUAACAUUCUGGAGGAAAACAUUCGGAGGUUGCUUCCUCUUCCGCCUCUGGAAAAUCUUAGCAAUGAUGGCCAGACGGACAAGGACAAGGAACACAUCAAAUUUCUCUAUGAACGAUCCAUGGACGCUCUAGCGAAACUUCUGAAGAGCAUGAUGUGGGACAAUAUGGAUGCAGAAGACUGCCUGGAAAUGUUUAAUCUUCUCCGAAUGUGGCUUGUUUCACAGAAAGAGUGGGAAAGAGAAAGAGCUUUCCAGAUCACUGCAAAAGUGCUGACAAAUGAUGUUGAAGCACCAGAGAACUUUAAAAUCGGUUCACUCCUUGGGCUCCUGGCUCCUCACUCCUGUGACACCCUGCCCACCAUCCGUCAGGCAGCUGCCUGCUCCAUUAUUGGUCUGUUCUGUAUAAAAGGCAUAACCCUAGAAAUGGAAAGGCUGCAGAGUUUGCAGGAAGGGCUGGAAAGUGACGAUGUGGAGGUCCAGAUCAAGAUUUCUUCUAAAAUAGCGAAGAUUCUCAGUAAAUUCAUCCCAAGUGAAGAAAUUCAAGUGUUCCUGGAGGAAACAUUGGAUGGUCUGGAGACUCUCAACCCUACAUGUACAAAGGCUUGUGGCAUAUGGAUGAUCAGUGUCCUGAAGGAGCAGGGAGCUGCCCUGGAGGAUCAGUUACUGGAGAUCUUGAGCACAAUUUAUCAUCACAUGCCGGUUCUCAGACAAAAGGAGGAAAGUUUUCAGUUUAUACUAGAAGCCAUCUCCCAGAUAGCCAGCUUUCACAUGGAUGCAGUUGUUGUCAACCUUUUACGAAAGGCUCUGCCCUUCGACAGGGACACAAAAACACUGUGGAAGGCGCUGGCUGAAAACUCAGCCUCUAGUGGAAAACUCACGCGCUCCUUAAUAGACAAGCUGGAGACUGGGUUAGAAGAUGACAUCGCCGGGAUAGACGCAAUUUCCGUGGCCUGCGCUAUGUAUGAAGUGAUCUCAACAGGCACUCCUCUCAGUGGUAUGUAUCCAGAGCUGUUCACUGUCCUCCUGAAGUUGGUGAGCUGCACGCUGGGCCAGAAGAUGCCCACUGUUUCCUUGAGCCACAGGCGGCAUGUCAUGCAGCAGGGAGAACGGCAGCAGAUCCCAGAUCCCUGCAGGCUCUCAACUGCAACUCUGAAAUGUUUGCAAGCCCAAGCCAUGAAAGAAGGUCUUGCCAAAGAAUCUGAUGAGGGGGAGAAUUUAUGGACUCUACUCAGCAAUCCUGCUACCCAUCACAUUGGAGUCUGUGUACUUGCCAGGAGCAUGGCAGUGUGGCAACAUGGCAUCAUACUGGACAUCAUGGAGUACCUAUUCUCGUCUCUCACUUCCUCCUCAGAGAACUACCGGAUAACUGGCACAGCUUUCUUCUCUGAGCUCAUGAAGGAGCCAAUCCUUUGGAAGCACGGGAAUCUGCGAGAUGUGCUGACCUUAAUGGAUCAGAGUGCCUGGGACUCUAAUGCCAUUCUGAGGCAAAUGGCCAUCCGAGGGCUCGGUAACACAGCUUCUGGAGCCCCUCACAAGGUGAAGAAGCAUAAGCAGAUCAUGUUGGAAUCUAUCAUCAGAGGCCUGUAUCACCUGGCUCGCACAGAAGUUGUCUGUGAAAGCUUGAAGGCUCUCAAAAAGAUCUUGGAGCUACUCACAGAGCGAGACGUGAGCUUCUACUUCAAAGAAAUAGUGCUGCAAACAAGAACCUUCUUUGAAGACGAACAGGAUGAUGUGAGACUGACUGCCAUCUUCUUAUUUGAGAAUCUGGCAUCCCUAACAGGGAGAAGGUGGAAGAUUUUUUUUGCUGAAGAAAUUAAAAAAAGCAUGAUCUCAUUCCUUCUCCACCUCUGGGAUCCCAAUCCCAAAAUAGGAGCUGCUUGCCGUGAUGUCUUGAUGGUCUGCAUUCCUUUUCUGGGCCUUCAGGAGCUCUAUGGGGUAUUAGACCAUCUCCUUGACCAAGAUCUUCCACGGGUCAGGGAUUUCUAUAGGCAAUUCUGUGUAAAACUGGCAAAGAAAAACCAGGAAAUUUUAUGGAUCCUCCACACGCAUUCGUUCACCUUCUUCACCAGCAGCUGGGAAAUGAUCAGAAGUGCCGCUGUCAAACUCACAGAUGCCAUUGUUCUCAAUUUGACCAGCCAAUAUGUGGAGUUAUUAGACAAAGAACAAUUGACCACACGGCUCCAAGAACUUCGGCAAGACCCUUGUAUCAGUGUUCAGAGAGCAGCAGAAGCUGCCUUACAGACCCUCCUGCGAAGGUGUAAAGAGAUAAGCAUCCCUUCAUAAACCAUCAAGAAAUAAACUGCUAGGCUUUUUAUAUCACUGACUCCUGU